AUGAAGAUGCUAACGAAGUUCGAGUCGAAGUCCACCAGGGCCAAGGGGAUCGCCUUCCAUCCCUCUAGACCGUGGGUUUUGGUGGCUUUGUUCUCAUCCACCAUUCAAUUGUGGGACUACAGGAUGGGUACUCUACUACACAGAUUUGAGGGCCACGAGGGGCCAGUCCGUGGUAUCGACUUUCAUCCAACUCAACCAAUUUUUGCCUCCUCCGGUGAUGAUUCCACCAUCAAGCUAUGGUCUCUUGACACGAAUAAGUGUCUCUACACCUUUACAGGGCAUUUAGACUAUAUCCGUACCGUGUUCUUCCAUAAAGAACUGCCAUGGAUCAUCUCUGCCUCCGACGAUCAAACGAUCAGAAUCUGGAACUGGCAAAACCGUAAAGAACUUGCCUGUAUCACUGGUCACAACCAUUUCGUUAUGUGUGCGCAGUUCCACCCAACUGAGGAUUUAGUCGUAUCGGCCUCCCUGGAUGAAACGGUGAGAGUCUGGGAUAUUUCCGCUUUGAGAAAGAAACACUCUGCUCCAGUGGACCGCUUAGAGGAAAUGAUGAUUCAACAACAGAACCUACUAGACAGUGGCUUUGGCGACUACGUCGUGAAGUUCAUUUUGGAGGGCCAUACAAGAGGUGUGAACUGGGCUACCUUCCACCCCACUUUGCCCUUGAUCGUUUCCGGUAGUGAUGACCGUCAAGUCAAACUUUGGAGAAUGAGUGCUACCAAAGCUUGGGAGGUCGACACUUGCAGAGGCCACAGCAACAACGUUGAUUGUGUUAUUUUCCACCCUCACCAAAAUUUGAUCAUCUCUGCUGGGGAAGACAAAACUUUGAGAGUCUGGGACUUGGAUAAAAGAAUGCCAGUUAAGCAAUUCAAGAGGGAUGACGACAGAUUUUGGUUGAUUGCCGCUCAUCCACAUAUCAAUUUGUUUGGUGCCGCUCAUGACUCUGGUAUAAUGAUUUUUAAACUGGACCGUGAAAGACCACCCAACGUUGUUCACCAAAACCAGUUGAUUUUCGUCAACAAGUCCAAGCAAAUCCAAGCUUUCGACUUCCAAAAAAAGGUUACAUCUUUACCGUACAUCAAUCUGAAGGGUAUUGGCGAGCUAUGGAGUUCAUUCAGAAAUAUCUCCUACAACCCCUCUCAACAUUCCGUUCUCGUCAAUACAGCGGAUGACAAGUUUGCACUAGUUGUUCUGCCAAAGCAGCCAACUGGUGCUGUCGAGCCCAACGGUGCUAUUAUUGAUAAGGGCAACUUUGCCACUUUUGUUGCUCGUAACAGAUUUGUUGUUUACAGCAAAACAGCAGAAUCCUUGGAGGUCCGCACUUUAGACAACAAAGUCACCAAAACCCUCAAGAUCGAGGACCCUGUAAAGGACAUUGCUCAUGGUGGACCGGGUGCUAUUUUGCUGCUACACCCUAGACAGGUAGUAUUGUACGAUGUUCAACAAGGGAAGAAACUAGGAAGUAUCUCCGCCAAAAACGUGAAGUACGUUUCUUGGUCUAACGAUGGUCAGUAUGUUGCGUUGAUGAGCAAGCACACAAUCACAAUCGCUACAAGAAGAUUGGAAAUGGUUAAUUCGAUGCAUGAAACGAUCAGAAUUAAAAGUGCAGCCUGGGAUGAAAGCAACGUUUUAAUUUACUCGACCUUGAAUCACAUUAGGUACUCCCUGCUGAACGGCGAUAGAGGUAUCAUCAAGACUCUGGAAAACACUUUGUACAUUACCAAGGUUCAGGAUAAAGCAGUGUACACCUUGAAUCGUGAGGGCGAGGUUGAGAUCUUGAAUAUUGAUCCAACAGAAUACCGUUUCAAGAAAGCGUUGAUCAACAAAAAUUUCCCGGAAGUUUUCAAGAUCAUCAACAAUUCCAACUUGGUUGGCCAAAAUAUCAUCUCGUACUUGCAAAAAUCGGGUUAUCCAGAGAUAGCCUUGCAAUUUGUUCAAGACCCACAGGUGCGCUUUGAUUUGGCCUUGGAGUAUGGUAACUUAGAAACUGCCCUUGAGGAGGCUAAAAAGAUAGAUAACUCUCUGGUUUGGGAGAAGUUGAAUCAAGAGGCGAUCAACCAGGGUAAUCUUGAACUGUCAGAAAUGAUCAACCAAAACCAACAAAAGUUUGACAAACUGUCCUUUUUGUACCUACUAUCAGGUGCCAACACUAAGUUGUCGAAGAUGGGGAGUAUUGCUGAGCAUCGCGGCGAUGUUUCAAGCAUGCUUUUGAACUCUUUCUACAACAACGACGUUUCCUCCAGAGCAAGAAUUUUUGCCAACGCUGGCUCAUUACCAUUGGCGUUUGCUGUUGCGAGAGCGAACAACGACAAGUCUCAGGCUGCAGAAUAUUUAGAGCAGGCUGGUUUUGAUGAACAAGAUAUUGUUCUUCCAAAGAAGUAUAAAUCCAACUCUUCUCUCAAAGUUCCUGUUGUUUCUGAACCACUAGCUAAAUGGCCGCUAAGACAGGCUGAACAAUCCUAUUACGAAAAGGCAUUGUCGGGUCAAUUUGGUGAUCUGUCCGUCGAAGAAGAAGAGCACAACGCAGGUUCAUCUGCCGCUACAGGCUUUGGCGAUGAAGAACCUGUGUUCGACGACGAAGACGUUGUGGGUGAAGAGGAAGACGCCUGGGAUUUGGGUACCGAAGACUUGGAUAUUGGUGAACCAGUUGAAGAGGUAGAGGACGGUGAGACUAAUAACGAGACCUUUGCAGUUGAAGAAAAGUCUGAAGUUUCUGUUUGGGUUAAGAACUCUAAGCUUCCUGCCGUGCUUGCUGCAGCCGGUGCUUUUGAUGCCGCUGCCCAGGCAUUGAACAAGCAAGCCGGUAUCGUACACUUUGAACCCCUAAAGGAAUACUUCAUCAACAGUUACGAAGGUGCCAGAACCUACCUGUCUGGUACUCCAGCAGAAUUACCUACUGUUGAAGGGUUCAUCCGCUCCAUCGCGGAUCCUGACAAUGAGACAGACGUUUUGCCUCAUUUGGGGGACAUCAGCGUUGUUACAGGGAAGAUCAACGAAGGGUUCAAGCUUUUCAAAGCCAAUAAGCUGGAGGGUGCCAUUGAAGUAUUCAGGGAGGUCAUUUACAGAAUAAUACUGCUGGCCAUAAACAACGAAGAAGACGAGGAAACCGCGAGACAUGCCUUGGAAGUCGCCAGGGAAUAUAUCUUGGGGCUAUCCAUUGAGUUGAAGCGUCGUUCGCUUGCCGCCGAUGACGUGAAACGUAACCUAGAACUAGCCGCUUAUUUCACCAGAGCUAAUUUGAUUCCAAGUCAUAGGAGCAAUGCCUUGCAAGUUGCCAUGUCCCAGAACUUCAAACACAAGAACUUUGUUCAAGCUUCGUAUUUUGCUGGAGAGUUCCUGAAAAUUGUCACCACUGGGCCUCGUGCUGAACAGGCAAGAAAGAUAAAGAACAAAGCGGACAUGAUGGCUAACGAUGCGAUUCCGUUGGAUUUCGACCCAUACGCCAACUUCGACAUCUGUUGUGCCAGUUACACACCAAUAUACAAGGACACGCCGUUUGUGGUUGACCCAUUGACCGGCGCUAAAUACCAAGCGUCAGAAAAGAAUCAUCUGGACAAGAUCGCCUUGAUAUCGAAGAUUGGUGCACCAGCUUCUGGUCUAAGAAUUCAUCUAUGA